AUGGCGGCGGAGAUGGAGAUGCUGAAACGCCAGAUCAAGGAGAAGGGUGUUGCUGGAGAGGGCAACCUCACAAGCUUGGGAGAACUGGGCCUGAAGUGGUUCGAAAGGCUUCCAGAAGGGAGUAUAGAGGGGUGGCAGCAACUAGCGGAAGCCUUUGUCACCAGAAUCAAAACCAACACUCGAACGCCAAAGGAGGUCGAUCAUCUUCUGGGCGUCAAGAUGGAGUCAGGGGGAUCAUUGAAGGCAUACAACGCGAAGUACUGGGAAACUUACAACGAAAUCCUCGACUGCCCUACCAAUCUGGCGAUCACUCAAUACAAGCGGGGUCUCCCAGUCGGGCAUAGGCUGCGGGACUCGCUCACAAUGCACCAACCCACAACCAUGGAGUCCUUGAUGCAGCGGAUCAAUGAGCACAUUCGUGUGGAGGAUGAUGCCGCCUCUGCGACCGAGAAGGUUAAUCCGGUCGCAGCGGACAGAAGGGUAGCAGGGAAAGUUCACUCGGUCGGGCAGGAGGAUAACCGCCCAAGCGACAGAUCAACAACGUGGCCCAAACCGCGAUGA